AUGCCGUGCAGAUGUGAUGUUGAUUUCUCUACUUACAAAUAUUACCCAUCGAGUAAGAUCUUGGAAAUGGAUGUUCAGAAUGGUCUUGCUUUGAUUCUCGGAUUGCAUCAUGAAAAUACCUCUGUGAUGGCUGGCAGUGAGGAAAUUGUGCAAGCCAUGCAAAUGAAAGAGAGAUUGGGAGUUUAUAAGAGUAUUGCAGAUAAUCAAGAAUUAUUGAGAAGAGUAUUCUUGUUAAAUAGCUUAGGAGCAAAUCCACUUCAGAUGAGUUUUAUUCCUCGUCUUGAUGAUAAUUUCCAUCCGAGAUAUUUUGAUAAUUCUAGAGGAGCUGUUACUAACGUAGAUCAGUGUCAGCAAGCAAUUACGGUCAAUAAUGGACUGAGUAGAAAUGAUCAACUAUUGCUCGAUAAUGCAAAGAAUGAGACUGAAAGAAGUUCAGUGUUAUAUGGUAAAUUUGGAAAAAUGACCAUUAACUUGAAUUCCAUCAUUAAUGGAGUUGGUGGUCUUAAUGGUCUCUCCACUCCAUUUGAUUCUCCAGAGUAUGAAAAUGAUAUUCCUAAGGCUGAAAGAGAUGCAUACUUUCACCAGCUUUUGAUUAGCUCAUUAAUUAACAAUUUCACUGUACCCUGUUCGAAAUUACCAAAGGAUACUCUUCAAAGUCCUUCCACACAAAGAGGUUGUAAAUUAUUGGAGAAUAAGGACGUAAUUGCAACCAUAUUUGAGUUUAUUGACACUUUGACCUUGGUCAACACUGUAGCAUCAGUUUGUCCUCUUUUCCAUGAACUGCUCAUUUAUGAUCAAGAAACAGGAGAUCAAAUUUAUGGAGGAAGAAUUUUUAAUUUUUGUAAAUUGCAUAAUUUGAAAGUAGAAUAUCAAGAUAUUUUACAAUUCAAGGAAUUCCAUCAUUGCAACUCUUGGCUAGAGUUUUACUUGUUGAGUGGAAUGAUUUUUUUAGAAAAUUUCAAACAAGAGAUAUCUCAAGUUUUUGAGUUAUCCCAAAAAACUAGUGGCGAUUUUCGAUUUAUUGGGUAUCAAAUGCUAUACUUGAUUUUGGAUCCAAAAAUACUGGUAACCAAUGAAGCUAUACUACAAUUGAUCAAUCAAAAAAGAAAGAAAAUUAUUGCAAUUGGAUCUGCUUCUAUGUAUGCAACUGUUACCAACAAGAUUGAAAACCUCUCUUCCCCUGAAUCUGUAAUUCGUUCUAUUGUUUCUGCUCCACUGAUUAGUUGUAAUAGAAGCGAGUUUUCUGUUAAUUUCGAAAAAGGAAUUCCAAUAUAUUUGGAAUAUUUGAGUGUAUUAGCUACUAAGUUGAAAAACAUUAAUCUCCUUCAUAGUUUGGAUCCACGCUCAAUGAGAGAAUUGCAAUAUGUAAUUGAAAAAAUGGCAGAGAAAGCAAAAUACUUUAUUGAACAAUCCUUAAAUCAUUCUUUCGAUAUAGUUUCGGACGAUGUUAUGUUGGGGCUACAUUUUGUUUUGUUGGAUAACUAUUACAAUACGUUUUCGUCCAUUGAAAAUAUUCCUCACCUUGAUUUUACCAAAUUAUUGAAAAAUAGAAUUAACCCUCAGUCUAAUCAUAGAAUAUGCAAAUUCCCUAACGACUUGUCAACUGACUUCUUUGCCUUAUUAAUAAGUGCGAAUAUUAUUAUUCCUUCCAGUCAUCAAUCAGAUCCAAAUAGCAUAUUCAGGUCAAAUCCAUUUGAAAACAUUUCAUGGGAAAAGACAAUCAUGAAUGUUCAAUCCUUCAUAAGGGAACAUAUUAUUGAACUUUCUACUGCUUCCUUUUCCAACAGCUCUGUAACGAAAUAUGUUGAAUUUUUAAGGGAUUGGCAAGACGAAAGACCUACACAACAAGUGGAUCUAUUAUAUCACUUCCACAUGCUCCAUUGCAUUCAAUAUUAUCAAGAUGUUAUGAGUAUUGCACAAGGUCUAAAGUUCCACAGACUUUUCGAACCAGAGGUAAAUGCCAGUCCAUUUUUUUUGGACCUUUGA